CGUCACUAAAAUCUGUGUACAUACACAAAUAGAAGUUUUGGCAAGGCAAUUUUAGUUCUUGUCAGGUGAAAAUGUACCUAGCACAACAGGGAUACGUUAUCGAGUAAAAGUCAUCAUCAUAUACAUGUAGCAAACUCGAUCAAAGGCCUGGCCAGGAGUAAUGCAUAAUGUUGUAUAGAGAACGAAAACAUGCUGAGAGAAUGGCCUUCGAAGCCAAUCAAAGGAACGGCCAGAAGCAAGGAGGGGAGGAUGGCGCCUUGGAGAAGCCCCGUAAGCCCGUAGCAGACGGCAUGGUGAUUAUUGACUGCGGCCCUUACCUCCGACGGUGUGGCCUCCACAAGUGCAUCCCAAAGGACAGCCGGACAGCGUGGUUUGUCAAGGACAUCUGUGGGGUGAUCUGUGUGAUCUUCACAUGGCUGCUGGUCCUGUAUGCUGAGUACGUUGUCAUGUUCAUCAUGCUGUGGCCCAGCCCGAGCGCCGGGUACCGCUGGGGCAACGCGAUACUCUUCAACAUGUUGGCUUUCCUGGCUGUGGCCUCCCACGCCAGGGCUAUGCUCACAGACCCGGGUGCUGUGCCUAAGGGAAAUGCAACCAGGGAAAACAUACUGAAACUGGGCCUUAAGGAGGGUCAAGUGGUGUUCAAGUGCCCAAAAUGCAUCAGUAUCAAGCCAGAAAGGGCCCAUCACUGCAGUGUUUGCCAGAGGUGUAUAAGGAAGAUGGACCAUCACUGUCCAUGGGUGAACAACUGUGUCGGAGAAAAUAACCAGAAAUUCUUUGUCCUCUUUACUCUGUACAUCUGCCUAAUCUCCAUCCAUUCUGUGUAUCUGGCCAUUCAACAUUUCAUCAUCUGCAUAGGACAGGACUGGAAGGGCUGCUCGGGAGUGUCCCCCCCAGCGACGACCAUAUUCCUGAUAUUCCUCGUCUUCGAAGGGCUGCUGUUUGGCAUAUUUACAGCAAUCAUGUGUGGAUCACAGCUCUCAGCUAUUUGCUCAGACGAGACGGGGAUAGAACAGCUGAAGAAAGACCAAACAACUUGGCAGAAAAGAUCCUAUUGGCUGAGUAUCAAAUCUGUGUUUGGACACCCCUUCAGUUGGCGAUGGUUUUCACCUUUCUCACGACCAAACUUUGUGUACUUUGGUACGCAACAGUACUGUGUGUAACCCUGUGCUGAUUGUUAGUUUCAGUGGUUACAGUUUUAUGUGAUAUAUUUGACGUUAUUCAUUUUAGUAUAACUAGUGGAACUUAGCUGAAAUUACGGAUGAAGUUAUGUUGGUGUGGUAUCUAUUGAUGAGGUAUUCGGAACUAGUUCCUACAGAAACUCGUUCCUUUGUCUGAGGUGUGUAUAUAAUGUAGGGACCAAUGGUUGGGCUGCAAAUAAAAUGUAGGAACCAAUAAUUGGGCUAUCAAAAUGAUGGGGGAAGUCAAUUGUCCAGUUUAUCUCCGCAAUCUGGAUUUGAGCGGUCCAGGGUUGAUUUUUAGAUCAAUGUAAAUCUGAUGAGUUUUUAAGUGGGUGGUUGGGUUGCGGUAGGGACCAAUUUGUUUGAGUGCGCGAUCAUUUGAUAACAAAUAUUGUUUAAGAUUCCUCUGCGAUCCACAAAUAAGCUUACUCUGGGAACCGAUUAGCCCAGUCUUUAAUUACCGUAUUGAUUUCUGAUUGGUAAGUGGCUGGCUAGGACAUGAAGGUAAGUGACGAAAUCUCUUCGCUACUUUUCAAAAAUCAUACCAGUCUACAAAAUGUUGCAAAUGUCCACCAUCUUAAAAUAUUAAACAAUUGAUUAGCAAAGUAACGAACUGCAAUAGCAUAUUGUGCAGCAACAUGUUAAUCAAAAUAGAUAUUGAUUAAGUUUUUGCUAGGUUACUGGUUUUCAUUUUCUGAAGUCAAACAAUAUGCAUCCUUAUUUGAUUUCAUGUGCAAAAAGCGUACAGGUUUUGGACUACCUGUUUUGGGAUACAGUAUUGUUUGUCGAUUUUAAUUUAUUUUCGACAUUCUUUGUAACAUUUUUUUUUUAAAUGAGGAAUACACAUACGGUGAUAUGGAUGAUCUGGUUUAUAAUAUUUUGCAUUGUACUCUAAUGAAAUUGCAACCGGAAAGACUACAGAAAAAGUACUCUAGGCUAGGGCUUGGGGUUCCCCCCCAUAGGUGCUCUGUCCUUUAUCCCUAUUGGGGACCUGAGGCCCAACACACCUGGCUUGAUAUUUCCUGUUUUUAAAUUUAAGACAUUUUACACCCCUAAAUCUAUAAAAAAAAUAUGUAGGAAACAAUGUACAUGCUGUCAAUAAAAUGUAGAAACCAAUGUCUGGGCUGUCAAAAAAAUGAAGGAACCAUUGUCUGAGUUAUCAAAAAAAUGUAAAAACCAAGGUAGGCUUGUGUCAAAAAUAGCAAAAGAAUGAUUGUCCAUAGGGUACCAACGUCUGGGAUUUGUAGAUUUAGGUUCCCUUAUCUGAAGAUGUUUAUAUGAUUUUAUUAUACUCCCAUAUUCUGUGUAGGACAUGUUUCAGCUCAACUUGUAUUUUAAAAGAUGAUUUUUUAUAAAGUGGUUUUGAAAAAAAUUGUUUUCUUCUUUGCUUUGAAUGUUCCAUUGUUUACCUGCUUUACAUUUAGUUCUGUUACUGAAUCAGCUUUAAAAUUAUCUGUUCAAAAUAUGCAAGGCAUAUAUGUCCCUAAGAAACACUAAUUAUCUGUACUGAACAUAUACAGAUAGUCUUAAAUACACACAGCUUAUUCAUUGUCUUUUCCUAACUACACACGGUUUAUUUAUUGUUUUGUCCUAAGUAAACUUGUUUCUUUUUCAAUUAUACAAAGCUUAUUUGUCCUUAAUAGACAGAGCUUAUCUGUUCUAACUUGCUAGGCAUAAAUUAUUCUUUUUGCACUUGUAUCAUUUCUUGCUCAAUGUAUACAUAUAUUUGCUUUUUUUGGUUUGUUUAUGUUUUCAUUUGAUUUCAUAGCUCCCUUAAGCAACAACUGUCUUUUGUGGCUAUCCAUUGUUUCAUUGGUCUUAAACUGUGAUUAUUUCAUUCCAAUUUUCAUGAGCAUAUCCAUCUUUACAAGUAGAAUUGUAUACUAUUUUGGGGUUUUGUCAUAUAUAGGCUGUGUGUGUUUUUUCAAAAUCUUGAUCACUAAUUAUACCUCCACAAACGAAGUUUAGGGGAGUAUAUAGGGGUGAACUUGUCUGUAUGUCGGACUGUCUGUUGGUCCGUAUUAAGUGUCCCUCUCUAAUUCAAGUUUUCAUCUGAUCUUCACCAAACUUGGUCAGAAGUUGCAUCUACAUGAUGUCUAGGCCAAGUUUGAACAUGGGCCUUGCCGGGUCAAAAACUAGGUAACGGGGUCACUUAGUGCGUUUUAAACAUUCAGCAUGUUGUCCGCUCUCUAAUAUGUAGUUUUCAUCCGAUCUGCACCAAACUUGGUCAGAAGUUGUAUCUAGAUAAUCUUAAGGCCAAGUUCGAAUAUGGGCCUUGCCGGGUCAAAAACAAGGUCACGGGGUAACUUAGUGCGUUUUUUAACAUUCAGCAUGGUGUCCUCUCUUUUAUUCAAGUAGUUUUCAUCCAAUCUUCACCAAACUUGGUCAGAAGUUUUAUCUAGAUGAUCUGAAGUCAAAGUUCGAACAUGGGUCAUGCCAGAUCAAAAACUAGGUCACAGGGUCACUUAGUAUGUUUUACACAUUGAGCAUGGUGUCCGCUCUCUAUUUCAAGUAUUUUAAAUCCGAUCUUCACCACACUUGGUCAGAAGUUGUUACUAGAUGAUGUGUAGGUCAAGUUUUAACAUGGGCCAUGCCGGGUCAAAAACUAGGUCACGGGGUCACUUAGUGUGUUUUUAACCUCACCAUGUUGUCCGCUCUCUAAUUCAAGUAGUUUUUAUUCAAUCUUCACCAAAAUUGGUCAGAAGUUGUAUCUUGAUAAUGUCUAGGUUAAGUUUGAAUAUGGUUCAUGCCGGGUCAAAAACUAGGUCACGGGGUAUCUUAGUGCAUUUUAAACCUCACCAUGUCGUCCGCUAUCUAAUUCAAGUAGUUUUCAUCCAAUCCUCACCAAACUUGGUCACAAGUUUUAUCUAAAUGAUCUUUAGGACAAGUUUGAACAUGGGCCAUUCAGGGCCUAAAACUAGGUCACUGGGUUACUCAGUGCGUUUUUUAACAUUCAGCAUUAUGUCCGCUCUCUAAUUCAAGUAGAUUACAUCCGAUCUUCACCAAACUUGGUCAGAAGUUUAAUGGAGAUGAUCUUAAGGCCAAGAUAGAACAUGGGCCUUUCUGGGUCAAAAACUAGGUCAAGGGGUCACUUAGUGCGUUUUAAAAAUUGAGCAUGGUGUCUGCUGUUUUUUGUGAAGACGACAUGCAAAAUAUUAUGUGUCAAUGUGGCAUGUGGAGGUAUUCGUCAAGUCUGUGACAAAGCUCUAGUUAUUUUGAAUAAUACAAUUGUAGAUGUGGCAAUUCAGGAACAAUUUUAUUAUUUGUAACGAUAAUGUAUAAUUUAUUCAAAACCAUGUUUUUAUACUCACAUAUGCAACAGUUUCAAAUUUAAGUUUCAAAUGUAAGUUUCAAAUAUUUAAACUCAGUUAAUUAAUAUCAUUCUAAAUUCAUUAUUUAAAAGUAAAAAUUUUGAUAUUGUACAUAAUGUGUUUAAUUCAUAUGUUAUAUGCUUGCACUGAUGUACAAAAUAGAGAACCGGCUAUCAUAAAUCUUAUUGAAUGGUAAACAUUAGUUGUGGAAUGUCAUGUCUUUUCAUAUACUAGUAGAAUGAUGUUUUUAAAGGGCAAUUAUUUGCAAAUCCAAAACCUAUAUUUAUGUAAUUUCCUUGUUUGAUGGUUAUGUGAUAAUUUUAACUUAUUUGAUGUUGUUUUUUUUUACGGCUUAUUUAUCAACACAUUCAAUGUUUCAUAGUCAAUUUAAAUAGAGCCACUAAGCAGAACAACCAAAUAAUUGUAUUUGAUACUUUUUAUUUGAUCUAUAUGUGUGCCUUAAUGGUUACCAUAAAAUAUAGCAGUCACAAUUUUGUUUUAACAAAUAUGUCUUACACUUUUUUUUAGUCAAUAUAUUAUAGAUUUAUUUUAAAGACUCCCUUGACUUGGUGCAUAUUGGUCAGCUCUGAUUUCAAUGCAGUGUUUGCAUGAUCAUCAGGUGAAGAUACCAUGCAUAUGAUUAUUAUUUCUUUAACUAUAUAUGUCUGUUACAUUCUUCUUUUGUCCAAUAUAUAGAGAUCUGAAGUCCCAAUACAAUAUUAGGCUGUAAUUUAAUACCUUGAACUAUUAAAAAAAAAUAUCAUCAAAGUUUGUACAACCUAUUUGUUCAGUUUCAAAAUGUAACUCUUUUGCAAUGUUAAAGCAAAAAUAUAUCAGGCUUUCUCAUGUUGCUUCCUUUUUAUUGUAUUUUUUUUCAAAUGUCUUUACAUUACCUACGAUUGUUAUUGUUACACGUUCUUGUUUUUGUUGUUUUAUGUAUGUACCUUCUAAAGACAUAAGGUUCAUGCUAUGCAUUACUUUCCUAAACAUCUAAUGAUCAGAAUUGCAGACAAUAACUCUUUGUUUAGCCAAAAUUUAUCUAACUGUGUUUAUGUUUUUAUAAUAUGAUUGUAUUUUGCCAAAAGCAUGUAUUUCUGAUAAUGUGUAUAAAUAAAGCGAAAUAGUAACUUAUUUAACUAUUUUAUUCUUUAACACUCUUCGAUUGUUAUUAAUAAUAAUUCUUGUUGUGUAUGCAUACGAGUGUUGGUAUCUAUGGAACUGCUACAUUUAUAGACUGCUGUGUCUUGUUUUCUUUGAGAUGAAAUAUUAUAUUUUAUGGCUUUUACAUAAAGUUGACUUUGCUUUAAUGUUAGUUCUAAUCUUAAAGUUUUAAAGAUACAUUAUUGCUAGAAAAAAAAUGAAGAAAAUGUCAUUAAAUAUGUUUACAUUAUUCUCUUUUAAGACAAAUAAUGUUUAAUUAGUAUGAUUGGUACAUAUGUUGAGUGGACAUAUAUGUUAUUCUCAGUAAUCUAAAUAUAUUUUUGAAAUAGUGUAUUUUAUUUAUUGAAUGAACAUAGUUUAAUUAAUAGAGGCAUAAAAUAAUUAAUAUGUUUGAAUAAAAAUAACUGUGUUUAAGGCAUAAGUGUGUACCAGUGAAAUAUUUACACCUUCUGAUUUGUCCAUAGAUCUAUAUAUAAAAAGUACACAUUAAAUGAUUAUAUUAGUUAUUUGUUAACAUAUUUAUAUUCAAACCCUUGUGUUUUGAUUAAGAUUAAACAACGUGAGUGUUUAUUAAACAAAGAAAAUAUAUGUAUACUAAGUCUUUAAAUUAUAAUUGAAAGGGGAAAAAUAUUUUGAUGCUGUGCUAUACUUGAUUCUGUGGAUCAAAGCUUGCAUUUUGAAUACUCAAAUUCCAAGGUUGCAUUAUCUUUUGUUUUGGUGUUUGUUACAAUUUAAAUUUAUAGAAAUAUUCUUAGUUAUUUUAAUUUUCAGUUUUGUUGUAGUAAAAUAAUGUAGUUAAAUGUUAUAACUUCAAGUACUUUGCCAUUUUAUAAAACUUCAAAUGAUUACUAUAUAUAUGUUUAUUUUCAUAUAUUGUUAAUGUAUAUAGGUAGAUAUAUAUGUAAUUAUUUGUUAGGUGAAGUGUAAUUUAAAUGUUCAUAUAGAAUAGCAUUCACUAUUUUGUGAACUGCAUCAGUUGUUGUACUUUUGUAAUAAAAACAUACAACUUUU